UUAAAUGCUAUAUCUCGUUCUUGUACUUAAUUUCUAAAUGUACUUAAUCAAUUAAUUCAAUGUGUAGUCUUUAAAUAAUGAUAAUGCGCCCGCAGUUAAAACGCGCCAGUUAAAUAUAACGUUAAUAAUGCCAAACAAACAAUAAGCUGCAAAACGAAAAAAGAUAAUAAACCUGCAACAAUAAUAACAGCAAGCAAAAAAGGCGCCGCAGCCACAGCGUUAUUGCGCCCGCAACGUUGUGAAGCGGUGGUAAUCAAGCCAGGGACACCAAAGUGCAAGAAGUAGAAGAAAAGAACAGAAAAAACAGCAGCGGAACGUCAUGAAGUUUGCGGAGCAUCUGUCGGCGCAUAUAACGCCAGAGUGGCGUAAACAAUAUAUCAACUAUGAGGAAAUGAAAGCUUUGCUAUACAUUGCCGUAGAGGAGGCUCCGUCAGUGGAUAGUGUGGACGAUGAAGUGCUGAAGCGUCACUUUGCCAACUUUGAUGAGAACUUUUUCUGCUACUGCGAUAAGGAGUUGAAAAAGAUAAAUACAUUCUACUCGGAAAAACUAGCGGAGGCGACACGCAAGUUUGCCACACUGAAUGCAGAGCUUAAGACAAGCAUUGAAGAGUCCGAACGUAGCGCCAAAAAGUCCAAGGGACAGAAGCGUCAUGCAGCGUUGCCCGAUCGCAAGGCACGUGAACUGAAAUUGGCCUUUAGCGAGUUUUAUUUAAGCUUGAUAUUGCUGCAAAAUUAUCAAAAUCUAAAUCAUACAGGUUUUCGUAAGAUACUCAAGAAGCAUGACAAGUUGUUGCGCGUUGAUACGGGCGCCAAGUGGCGUCAGGAAUAUGUGGAGGCAUCACAUUUUUUUAUCAACAAAGAUAUAGAUAACAUCAUCAAUGAAACGGAAACGACGGUGACGGGCGAGCUUGAGGGCGGCGAUAGGCAGCGGGCUAUGAAGCGAUUACGCGUGCCACCGCUAGGCGAACAACAAAGUCCCUGGACUACCUUCAAGGUGGGACUCUUCUCGGGCAGCUUUGUAGUGCUGGGCAUUGUCGUAAUACUCUCCGCCUUGUUUCACAACAUUACCGGUGAAGAUUUAAAGGUUACUUUUCGUCUUUAUCGCGGUCCUUUGCUGAUUAUCGAGUUUAUCUUUUUGAUUGGUGUCAAUAUCUACGGCUGGCGUUCGUCCGGUGUUAAUCAUGUACUUAUCUUUGAGCUCGAUCCACGCAAUCAUCUAUCGGAGCAGCAUCUCAUGGAGUUGGCCGCCAUAUUCGGUGUCAUCUGGACUCUGAGCAUGCUCAGCUUUCUAUAUAGCGCAGCCCUUAGCAUUCCAGCGUUUAUAAAUCCGCUAACCCUAACUCUUAUUAUGGUGUUAUUCCUGGUCAAUCCGUUUCAUGUGCUACAUCAUGAUGCACGUUUCUGGCUGCUGCGCAUUACAGGACGCUGCAUUGCCGCACCAUUCUUUCAUGUGGGCUUUGCUGAUUUCUGGCUGGGCGAUCAACUGAACUCGCUGGCCACUGCUCUCUUGGAUUUUGAAUAUCUCAUUUGCUUCUACUUCACCAAUGGCAACUGGUCACAGGCCAUAGAUGCUUCGAUUUGCAUGGAAAAGGAUUUUAUUGUACGUCCUAUAGUCAAUUGCUUACCUGCCUGGUUCCGUUUUGCGCAAUGCAUUCGACGUUAUCGUGACUCGCGUGAGGCUUUUCCACAUUUAACUAAUGCGGGCAAAUACUCAACCACUUUUCUAGUCGUUAUCUUUGCCACACUUAAGAGCUACAAUAGUCGCUACUAUGCUAGUUCAUUUGAUAAUCCAUAUACUUGGCUAUGGAUUGUCGCUUCAAUUGUAUCCUCUUGUUACUCCUAUACUUGGGACAUUAAAAUGGAUUGGGGCUUGUUUGAUAAAAAUGCUGGCGAAAAUACAUUUUUGCGUGAAGAGAUUGUUUACUCAUCCACGGGCUUUUACUACUUUGCCAUUGUCGAGGAUCUUUGCUUGCGUUUCAUUUGGGCGCUCUCAUUCUAUUUAACGGAAAUGAAAAUAGUUAGCGGGGAUAUUAUGACUUCCAUAACUGGCAUAUUGGAAGUUUUUCGACGCUUUGUGUGGAACUUUUUCCGCUUGGAGAACGAGCAUCUCAACAAUUGCGGUAAAUUUCGUGCCGUGCGCGAUAUUUCUAUCGCCCCGCUGGACUCAUCUGAUCAGACGCUCAUUAUGCGCAUGAUGGAUGAACCGGAUGGUGUGACAAAUCGUUAUACCAAGACUAACCGACCCAAGCCAAAGAAGAUUAGGGAUCCGGAGAAGCGCAGCUUGUUGCAUCCCCGCGUCUCCUUACCCGACUUAAGCAUCGAUAUGGAUAAUAGUAAAAAGCUCUAG